AUGAAAUGGACAACUUUAGGGUGGGGCGGCAUUACCCUUGAACUACCCGAAGAUUGGGAAUUGAGUGGAUUAUCUGGCGACGAGAAAAGCGGAUACUUGCGCCUAGAGGACGCGGACAUGCCGCGCCUUGAGUUAAAGUGGUCAGAGUCAAAGCAGAAGAAGCCAGAUCUCCAGAAAGUUCUCGACGACUAUUUCAAGCUCGUUCGUAAAAAUUACAAACGCAAAAACACAAAUCUUCAUGUCCAGCGUAAUGUCAACCUGAUCAGGGACGCAGAGUUUUUCGAGAACAGAGAGGUUGUUUUCUUCAACUGGAAGGGCGACUUUCGGGCGAGCGGCGUCAUCUUUCACUGCCAAACCUGCAAACGGAUCACGAUUGCGCAGGUCAUGGGACAUCUCAAAGAGAAUAUUAAGGAGACAACCAGCCGUAUUUUGAGUUCUGUUCGGGAUCACUCGGUAGGACAGGCGACGCUUUGGAGUGCCUACCAACUCAAUGCAGAAGUUCCGCGGCGGUAUCGCCUCGAUAAACAUAAACUGUUGUCCGGCUACCUGCUCUUUUCAUUUGUGGAUGGAAGUCGAAAGGUUAGCAUCGAACGGUAUGGGGUCGCCGAUGUUACGCUGAAGGAACAGAAUCUUGAGGAGUGGUUUCGAGGGAGAUACGCCAAAGCCAUCCGCGGAUACGGGUUCUCAAUUGAAUCCAGCAACGGUGAUGCAGAUGAACGUCUUACGCUAAUCGGGGAGGAGACCCGCAUUAUAGACCGCGUUCCCCUUGCACCCGCUCUGGUUAUCGACAAAAUUAUGCGUCGCAAAACUUUCGCCGUUUACCUCUGGCACUGUCAUCACUCAAAUCGGAUCUACGUCGUCCAAGCGAUCGCCAAACAGGACGCGGCACGGACAGCAGAAGAGAUAGCAGCAAGUAUCCGGUGUCAUUAA